CCUUUUUCUUUCUCGAAUCUUCGAUAAUUCAUUGAAGAUUUCUUUAAGAAUUCUUAAAUAUAUGAAUUCAUGAAUUUGAUUGUUUGCUUUGCUUGGCUGAUGGGGGAAUUAUGGUGCAUGCUUUUGGAGUAAAAUUUUGUUUCUGCAAUUUCUAAGAGAAUUUAUUCCAGCUGGCGGAGCGGAGUCAAUAAUAAAAAGUUCUGGGACUGUGUUGUGGGUCUAUGAUGGACAAUAAUAACGAUUUUACAUUUUGUCAGGUCAGUUCCCCUAUCAAUCAGGAUGAUCUCGAAACAAACAAGCUUGCUUCAGAUAUGGCUGAUAUUACCAUAAAAGAAGAAUCCUCCAAUGCUACUAGUAGUAGUAAUAUUAGUAGUCAUAAUCAUAGUCAGAAUAGUGGUGCCCUAUGGAUGGAUGGGUUGCCAAAUAAUCCCAACUCUAAGAAGCAGGCUUCAGUUGGCUCUUUAUCUUACAGUGUAACUGACACAACACCAUCAAAUCAGGCACAUGAAUUGAACACAAAAGCAGUAUAUAGUGAUGCUGAGAAUUCACUUCAGAAGUUAUUAGAAGAAAAGAAACCUAUGAAAAAGCCAGCACCUCGGGCCAAAGUUCCUUUUGAAAAGGGCUAUAGCCAAAUGGACUGGUUAAAGCUUACUCGAUCACAUCCUGACAUUGCAGGUUUGAAGGGAAAGUCCAACAGAAGACUUAUUUCUAUGGAUGAAGUUAGACAACACCAAACAGAAGGGCAAAUGUGGACUGUUUUAAAAGGACGUGUUUACAAUAUAUCCCCAUAUAUGAAGUUUCACCCUGGUGGUGUUGAUAUGUUAAUGAAGGGCGUGGGAAAAGAUUGUACCUCUCUGUUCAAUAAAUACCAUGCUUGGGUUAAUGCAGAAUUCUUAUUGGAGAAAUGCCUUGUAGGCACUUUAGACGAUACUCAGUGAAGAAAGAACAGUUGUGUUCUAAUAAUGAAUUGGUAAGGGUUCAUAUACAAUGAGGAAUAAAAUUUUGUCACAUGCUUAUUUUUAUAGAAUCCCUAUGGGAAUCUGAUGUACAAUUACACGAGUAUUAAGUUGUAAACUGGGAUAUUUAUCUGCAUUUAAUAUGUGAUCGUUGAAUCUGUUCAAUUUAA